AUGUCAGAUACAAAAGCUAAGAAGGCGAAAAGUCUCCGACAGAGUGAAAUAAGUCGAAUGGCAGAGCUACUUCUAGCAGCACAGCAGGCGGUAAAUGAUCCAGCUAGUCGUGAUUCUUUUCAGUUGCGUUAUGGAGAUGUCGAAAGAAUAAGAGAUGAUUUUUUCAAACAUCAUAAUAUUGUAAUUGGGAGUAUUGAUGAUGAGCAGGAAGAAGAUGAGUUCAAAACUCAAGAUCAAAUUCGAACCCAAUUUGAAAGUUUGAAUAGGUACAUACCAGAUCCACCGACUCCGAACAACCCAACAACUAACGCCCCAGCAGUCCUAACCAGUUAUGAAAGAGCUAAGUUGAAAUUAAACAACCAUUUUUCACCUAAGUGUGGAUAUAUGAAUGAAUAUUAUGCAAAAUUUUUAAAACUAAGCUCUAAUUGUGGUUUUGCUGAUAGAAACAGAGGGAUCAAAUCUCAAAUAAUACAACGAACAUCAUGUUCAAAGUUAAGAUGUUAUGCGAUGACAGAUAAACCAACUUUAGCCCAACUUCUUGCCCAAGCAAAAGUUUAUGAAGUCACCGAAGUUCAAGUCCAUCAAAUCGAUUUUCCAUUUGAGAAAGUGAACAAAAUCAGUCAUAAAUAUGCAACAAACAAUCCACAUAGCAACAACAAUAACAGUAAACUAAAAAAUAAUUGUCGUGAUCUGGGUAACAGCCAACCGAUCAUCCAACAAUUCGAUAACAAAAAGUGCAAGAACUGUGGCAACAAGUGGCAUCAAGAAGGACAUUUUGCAAAAGUUUGCAUCCAGCAACAGAAUCUCAGCAGGUCACAACAAGUUUACAAUGAUGCAGAUUUACAAACGAGAAGGAGAGACAUAGGUGAAAGAAACCAACAAGAAGCCAGGCCGAAGACAGCAAAACUUAGCAGUGAUGUAGCAGAUGAGCCAGAUGACCCACUCAGGUAUAUUUCCACAUUGUUUGAUGAUUCUCAGAACAUCAUUGAUGUGUCAUUUCAAUCAAGUAGUGAUUCCGAAGGCUAUGAUGAAGAGUUUUUUGACUCUGAGUUAGACUCCUGGUCAGAGGAAGCUGCAAAUUCUAAGGCAGUCAGCAGAAGUGCUGGUAUCCUGUACGAAUCUUUUGAUACAGUUCAUUUAGAAACUAGUUCAUGGAAGUUGAUUAAUUCUAUAGAUUUAGAAAAUUAUUAUGACCUCUACGAUAAUUUUAUUUUUAGUUAUAAAAAAAUGGUAGAACUUUGCGAUUUGAGAGAUUCUCAAAAGGAAUAUUUAAAACCUUGUAUUAUGGCAAAGAGCCUAUUUAAUCGGAUAAGUCGUGUUCUUCACCGUGUUCAAGAUAAUAACAGUAUAAUUGGAGAAAUUCUAAAUAGCCAGCAAUUUUUAAAUCGAACCAAACGAGGUUUAGUCAAUGCCGUAGGCAAUGUUGCAAAGGUUUUGUUUGGAACCUUAGAUGAAAAUGAUGCUAAACAUUUCAACGAAAUUCUCCAAAAACUGGAAACAAAUCAGAUAAAUAUGCAACACUUACUGUCAGAACAAACAAGUAUUUUUGAAAAUACCAUUCUAUCUCUCAACUCAUCAAAUCAAGCAAAUAAACAAAUUUUUGAAAAUUUAAACGGAAAAGUCAAUCAAAUUGAAACUUUCAUCAAUGAUCACAUAAAAGGUGUUAUUGAUAAUAUCACUUCAUAUGAAAAUUUUGCAUUACAGUUCUCUGAGUAUUUUUCUCUAUUCGAACUGGUCUCCGAACAGUUCCAGUUUUACCAAAGUGAUCUAUUAAACAUAAUUUUGUAUGCUCAAAAUGGUAUUUUACAUCCUUUAGUCCUAAGUCCAAAAAGGCUCAUAAACCAUUUAGUUAAACAAAGCAUGUAUUUACCAAAAGGGUUAUCAUUUCCUGUACCUCUUUAUCAUCAUUAUUCUCAUGACCUGUAUAAAACAAUGCAUCCAAAUGUGUUUUACUCAAAUUAUAAAUUGUACUUUAUUUUAUACAUACCCCUUGUAAGUGAUAUUUCGUACAAUAUCGUUAAGAUGACAAGUUUACCUAUAAAAGUGAAUAAUGAUAAACAUUCUCAUAUAUUCUCAUUUAUUUCAUCAGAACACCAUUACUUAGUAAUAGAUAGUCUUAAGCGAAACUAUUUUUUUCUUGAUAACAAUGAUUUGAAAGAUUGUUCAAGAAUAGAUAAUAAGUACGUUUGUAAAGAAAAAUAUCCCUUGUUCCUUUUACCAAUACAUAAUGAUUGUGAGGCACUGUUGUACACUCAUCCUCAGAAAAUUCCUGAGUCUUGUGAAAAACGAGUUAGUGCCAUUCAUAAAACAAUUUUUAUCAAAAUUCUGAAAAUAAAUUCUUGGAUUUUUGUUAGUCCAAACGAUGAAACUCUCACAAUAAAGUGUCAAAAUUUUGAAGACUCUAUUCGUUUAAACAAUUCAGGCAUUUUAGAACUUGCACCGCACGGUAUCGCUUUUACAAGUUCUGUCACGCUAAAGCCAAUUGAUACCAAAGAAGCAAAUAAGUCAUUCAUAAACACAAUUUAUUUUCAAAAUCUUGACAUUAAAAAUGAAAUCAAUAAUCAAGAUCUUCGUUUCAGUUUCAUGGAAACUUUGUCGUUGAAUAAAAGUAUUUUAGUACUUCCUGAUCAAAAUGAAAAAUUAGCAAAAAUUAGUUAUUCCAUCGAUGUAUUAAAAGCAAAGGAACAAAAGAUGUUAAACCAAAAAUCUAUUGAUUUUAACCAUAUUCAUCAUUAUAUUCUAGUAUAUUUAGUAGUGUUUUUAAUUGUAAGUUACGUAGGUUUUAAGAAAUAUAAAACAAUGUGCGUUAAUCAAGAUAAAAGGAAAUGUGAAACUCCAAGUGCAACCGCUGAAAGCAUCUGUUUAACAACGCGAGUGCCGCGAAUAGACAAAACCGCUGACGUCCAGUUUAACGAAAUAGCUGAUAAUACAAAAGCUAAGAAGGCGAAAAGUCUCCGACAGAGUGAAAUAAGUCGAAUGGCAGAGCUACUUCUAGCAGCACAGCAGGCGGUAAAUGAUCCAGCUAGUCGUGAUUCUUUUCAGUUGCGUUAUGGAGAUGUCGAAAGAAUAAGAGAUGAUUUUUUCAAACAUCAUAAUAUUGUAAUUGGGAGUAUUGAUGAUGAGCAGGAAGAAGAUGAGUUCAAAACUCAAGAUCAAAUUGGAACCCAAUUUGAAAAUAAAGCAGAAUCCGACAAGAUAGAGUGCUUGUCAUCUAACAUCCAUAACCCCUUUAAAGACAGCCAGAAAGAAAAACCUUCAACAAGUAAGACUGAUAAUGGGUAUUGCCAAUUAUUUGGUUUGGGAGACACUACUCAAAAACCGUCAACCUCGAGGUCAACUUCCCACGAUGUUUUAGAUGGAAUGGAAUCUGAUGAGUUAGAUAGCAUUACAUCAAGUGAUGAAUAUAUCCCAUCCAACACAGAACAUUCUAGUGACGAUACGGAUUUCGACAGUGACACUAAUACUUACCAUGAACAGGUUAAACAUAAGACUAACUGGGAAAAAAUUGAAGCUGUCAAAAAAAAUAUAUUUGCCGAAGAUGUUCAUUCCCAAAAUGCAAGCCAAAGUGAAUUGGAACCAGUAGUUGAAUCUUCAUUUGCACGUGGGUCAAAUACACAAAAUGUUGCUGAAAAUUGUACUAAUAUAACGGUGAAAACCCAUGUAACUGCUGAAGAACUACCUGCUAAACUAUACUUAUUUAGAAAACAAACCAACACAUUAAACGUGAAGAUUAAUAUGAGGGAUACGGUAAAAUGGAUAAGAGUUGAGGAAUUUGGCUAUUAUUUCUAUAAAACCUACUUGAGUGAAUAUACGCCAUUUUUACAAGUGGAUUUGAAGAAAAAAGGGACCAAAAAUGUUGAUAGAACCCUGUGUGCACCUACCAGAGUGCUAACGAAGACUGGCGGGUUGACUUUAGAAAAAAUAAAAAAUUUACAAGAACAAGUUCAAUUUGUCAACGAGAGUUACAGAUGGUUUUAUGAGGAUAUUAUAGAAGAAAAUGUGGCAAAUCCAAAAAGAAGAAAAACAUCUUAA